CUCAAGAGACUGGACCUGACUGAAGUCCCACUGCUCAGUCGCCACAUCCCGCGAAUCCUAACAGCGGCCUCGCAAUCCUGUCGGAGCCUGGAAAUCCUCAUUUUGCCGAGUAAAAUUGAUCUUUUCGGCACUGUUACGGAGGUGAUGGUUAGAAAAUUAUUGGUGGCUCUAGUUCCUGCGCUGGAGAAGUGG